UGUUGUUUGUUUCUAUUUCCUGAAGAAAUCGUUUUAUCUGCUUUUAGAAUCAAAUAGAUCCCCAUAAAAGUAAUUCGGCAGUCCCUAAUUUAGAAAUCGAUUUGAUUUUGAUUUGUAUUCGUAUUUGUUGAUUGAUCCGCCACACACACAGUCUGUGCAUACACAUACAAGAAAGGAAUUAAAUCUAGAGAAACUGGUUUGAAUAUACAAAACAAGUAGGGAAGGAGAGAGAUAGAUAGAUUUGUGUGUGAUGAUGGAAUGAAGACGAAGUUGAAGAAGAAGAGGAAGAGAUUGGAAGAUGGGAAGGGCGGAGUUAGAUUAUAAUUAUUCGAAUAAUGGCAGAGGCGGAAGAGGAGUAUCCAAAUGUUGUUCGUAUAAGAGGACCACUGUUAUCAUCUGUUCCAUCAACAUUGUUGUUGCUCUUUACGUUUUUCAGAAUCUUUAUACUUCUCUUUACUCCUACUCAUAUCGAGAUUCACACAGCGCAGUUACCUACACUCCAGAUCAAAUUAGAAAUAUGGAAGAAUCAAUGCGGAUACGAAAGCAAUCUGAACCUAGAAAGCUCAUUGAAACGGUUAAACUAAUCAAACAAAAAGUUGAUAGAAGAGAGGACAUGGUUGAAUUACCACAGCCAUUGAAACAGAAAUUAACUAAUGAGAUCAUAGAACUACUGAGUGGAUUGAAUCAGAAUGGUGGUGCUAACUCAACUUUACAGCAUGAAGCAGUUGAAGACUGGAGGCUGCAAAAACUAGAGGAAGUCAAAACAAUUACUAGUGGUCAAAGGAAAACCUCAAAGUCAAAUUCAACAAUCCUACCAGAUGAAGCAGGUAUUCUAGCAAGAAUGUUGGAGUUCAAUUGGGCUGAGUUAUCCCAUGAAAUUGGGCUUUGGAUACCGGUUAAUGUCAUCAACAAUGAACAUAAUGACAAGCCCGAGGGUGAAGAUGAUUUUGAUGAUAGCAUCUUAGCUGGGAGGAGGUUGCCUCCUGAGUGUAACACAGAGCUUCAUACAGACUAUGGUGGUCAAGCAGUCAAAUGGGGGUUGACUCAUCAGAAAGAAAGUGCAUAUGAAUGUUGUCAGGCUUGUUUAAAUCAGGCUAAAAAUGCAAGACCUGGUGAAAUGAAAUGUAAUAUUUGGGUUUAUUGUCCUGCUGAACAAGGAUGCCAUUCACCAGAUAUAUACCAACAUAAACUUGAAGAAUGCUGGCUUAAAUAUGCUGAAACGCCGAAAGUGAGCUUUAAGGAUAAAUAUUCAGAAAGUUACAGAAGAAAUCAUCCGAAUGCACCUUUGGUUGUUCCUUGGGUUUCGGGUGUUAUAAGUUCUUGAAGGCUUGCAUCUGUAUCUGUAUCUGUAUGAAUGCAGUUUUGGUGACUUGUGCUCUUUUACCUGAAAGUUUUGAACUAAUUUGUAUUUGUGAAAAAGACUAGAGCUGAAAAGAGAAGGUUACGAUAGUUGGGGCAAUGCGAAAAGGCUUUGCUCAUUUUGAGUGUAAUUUGAAACAUUUUACAAAUUGAGAAUGGGGAUUCAAGGUGUUUGGGAUUGUUUUCUCAAAGUCCUCUGUAUAAUGAUUUUAUGUUUUAUAACUUCCUUACCAUUAAGGAAUUUGCUGAAAUAUGAAGUGAAAAUCAUGUUUUGGAA